GUUGCACGGGGACCAGCGUAUGCAAUUUGACUACAACGCGAAGGGAAAGGGAGCUUCGAUGGCCGUGAGCGACCAUCGGAUCCGCGUAUAGUGGCACCCGGCAAACGAACCGAUACUCCGUGGAGUGCAGUCAUUGUUCGGUGCCCGUUGGCUCUAUCUGCAGUCCCGUUCUGGUCGAACAUACUAAACUGCAAUAUCGUUACAUAUACUGUGUGUAUAUAUUAUAUAUAUAUAACGUGUGUAUGCGUAUUUUUUUUUAUUUUUUUUAUUAUUAAAUUUUAACGCAAUACCGCACACGAUAUUAUAGAUUUUUUUUACACCUGGACCGUACCGGGCACCUGACGGACGAAACGACGUUUUCCAGUAAAAUCUCGUGCGUUUUUAUCGUUUUUUUUUUUUGUUUUUCGAUUUUUCGUUUCGCUCGUAAUACAAUAUUAAUAUAUUAACUUUAUUGUUAUAAUUAUUUUCACGAAGACUGUAACGAUAUUAUAAUAUUACAUAUUAUCUCUACACAUUGAUUAUUAUUGUAAUCGUUAUUCGUCGCCCGACAUCGACGUCCGGACAACAGCAACUUCGUGAAGCCAUAAAUAGAAACAAUGGUACGAAGUUAGGUUGUGUAUCGUGAUAUCGGUAUCUCUAUUGAUUUAUUUGCUGUUCAUUCGCUAAUUUAUUUGCAAUCCACUACACGGCCAGACUGGGGUGGACGAUAUGGAUCAAAAUCAACGAAAUUAUUACAAAUCAAACAUAGCUGCUUUGAACUUGACCGCAGCACUGGUGAAAAGUGAACCGGUCGACGAAAAAGAGGAUGAUGCGAAAUGGCCCUGUCUCGAAACGGCCAGCGGCAAAGGAUUGUCCACGGAGACGUCUUCCACAACCUCCAGAGGCGAAACAUCUAAUACAUCUAAUCACAUAAGGAAACCGCUGUGUACCAUAGGAAACUCAUUCUACAUAUUCUCAGCAUUAGUAUUAUUCCUCGUGGGCAGUAUAACAAUAGUAUACACACCAUUUAACAUAUUAAUGAAUGAGAGACUGAAAAUGGUUCGUGGUCUGCCAGCAUAUGAAUGGUGGAAGAAUCCUCCUGAUGAAGUUUUGCUUAGAGUGUACCUAUUUAAUGUAACAAACAGUGAACGAUUUGAAAACGGAAUCGAUAGUAAACUGGAGCUAAACGAAAUCGGCCCGAUAGUAUUCAGAGAAUUAUUACGACACAGCGAUGUUAGAUUCAACGACAACGGUACAAUGACUUAUGUGGCCACGAGAACGGCCGUGUUCUUGCCAGAAAUGACAAAUAUCAGCUUGGACGCUAAUUUAAUACUACCCAACUUUGCCGCGUUGGGGAUGGCAUCAUAUUUAUGGGAUGCUUCUUAUUUUACUAAGUAUGGUUUCAAAUUAAUGAUGGACAUGAUGGAUACCAAAAUGUUUAUCAAGACAUCUAUUAAUGAUUGUUUAUGGAAUUUAACUGAUCCGUUAGUCCAAAAAGCAAAAACCAUGAUGCCUGGUUUAGUUCCUGAAGAGAAUAUGGGUAUAUUAUACCAGAUUUAUAACAAAUUUACGGAUGAAGUUACCGUCUUCAUGGGUCCGGAAAACGGGCGAAGGUUUUUCACAGUAGAUAAGUACCAUGGUAAAUCCAACCUUGGAAUUUGGGAGGAUCCAAAGUGUGAUAGUGUACAGGGUUCUUCUGAAGGCGUUACGUACCAUCAGUUUGUAUCAAAAAAUGACACAUUGAAGUACUUGAGAAAAACCAUGUGUCGAGUGACACCGUUAAAAUAUAAGAAUGAGGUGGCCAAAUCGGGCAUGACGAUGUACAAGUUUAUUCUCCCAAAUAAUGUCUUUUCUCAUCCACAAACCGAUCCAAGCCUAGAAGACUGUUUUCAUAAUCCAAAAUCAACUCCUCUUCUUUCUGGGCUCUCAGACGUAUCACCGUGUUAUUAUGAUUUCCCUAUUGCAGCUUCAUUUCCUCAUUUCCUCAAUGGUGAUAAAGCACUACUGAAAUCAAUAACGGGACUAAAACCUAAUGAAGAAAACCAUGGCUCGUAUUUAAUUGUCGAACCAUUAACAGGAGUUCCAGUCGAAAGUAGAGCUCGUAGCCAAAGUAAUCUAGUCAUGCAUCCCACUAGUGGAUUUUCAAACAUCGAUAAAUUCAGCAAUAUGACAAUACCAAUGUUUUGGGCUGAAUAUAAUCAAGUGGGUUUACCUUGGUACAUUACUACUCUGAUGUAUUUUACUGUUAUCGUUUUGCCGUACACGCAAUCGAUCGGGAGCAUCCUCAUGAUGAUAGCCGGUUUGGCAAUGAUCGGAAAAUCAAUAUUUGAUGCAAUAUUUGGUUAUAAAAAACCACUCUACUCAUAUAGUUCUUUGGAUCUCUUGCCGUCAAUUAGUUAAUACGUUUUGUAGACACCUGUCCUAUCAACAAAGACAAUAUCAAAAUUUUAUUUUUAUAUAAUUUAUUUAUACACAUAGCUUUAAGUAUUUAAACUUUAUUUCUUAUCAUUUUAUGUUCAUCGUAUUUUGUCAACCGUGUUUACUCAUAAAUAUGUUCUGACAAUUUGUUAUACCUAAUAAAAAUCAUCUUUUUUCACCACAUAAAUAA